CGGCGACGCCUUUCCCGCGCUGGCGACUCGGAGGAGGCCGAGAAUUGGGCUGAAAUGGCGGCGGCUGCUGCAGCGGGGGAGGAGGAAGGCGACCUCAACGAGGCCCCGGAGGUGGAGCGGGGCCCCGGCGCUGCUUACCACAUGUUCGUCAUGAUGGACGAGUUGCUGCAGAAGCUGAAGUUGCUCAACUACGAGGAAGAGGCGGCGCUGCGGAGCCACAACAUGAGGCCGCCCUCUAGGCACUACUUUGCGUUGCCCAUUAACCCUGGCGAACAGUUCUACAUGUUCUGCACUCUUGCUGCCUGGCUGAUUAAUAAAGCAGGGCAUUCUUUUGAACAACCACAAGAAUAUGAUGACCCAAAUGCAAUCAUAUCCAACAUACUCUCCGAGCUGCGGUCAUUUGGAAGAUCUGUAGAUUUUCCUCCUUCGAAGUUAAAGGCAGGCUAUGGAGAGCAAGCAUGCUAUGUUCUUGAUUGUUUAGCAGAAGAAGCUUUGCAAUUUACAUCCUUUGCCUGGAAAAGGCCCACUUAUCCAACAGAAGAGCUAGAAGAAGAAGCAAUAACAGAGGAUGAUGCUGAACUGACUCUUAAUAAAGUAGAAGAAAUAAUCACAGAAGAAGAGACAGACAAUGAGGAAAACUACAUUGAUCUGAAUGUUUUAAAGGCACAGACUUACAAAUCAGACAUGAUUGAAUCAAAGCAAGAAGAGAUUUUAGAAUCAACAGUAGAUGCAGCUGAGUGGAAUUUGGAAGUGGAACGGGUUCUUCCACAACUGAAAGUUAAAAUCAGAACUGAUAAUAAGGACUGGCGUAUCCAUGUAGAUCAAAUGCAUCAGCACCAAGAUGGAAUUGAAUCUGCUUUAAAAGAUACCAGGGGCUACCUUGACAAACUUCAUAAUGAAAUCAGCAGAACUCUGGAAAAGGUUAGCAGUCGAGAAAAGUACAUCAACAACCAGCUAGAGCAUUUGGUUCAAGAAUAUCGUUCUGCACAAGCCCUUCUGAGUGAGGCCAAAGAGAAAUACCAACAAGGAAGUGGAGGUGUGACAGAGAGGACUAGAAACUUGUCAGAGAUUACUGAAGAGUUAGAGAAGGUAAAGCAGGAAAUGGAAGAAAAGGGAAGCAGCAUGACUGAUGGUGCUCCUUUAGUAAAGAUUAAACAAGCUUUAACCAAACUGAAGCAAGAAACUAUUCAGAUGGACAUACGAAUUGGCGUAGUGGAACACACGUUGCUUCAAUCAAAGCUGAAAGAAAAAUCAAACAUGACUAGAGAUAUGCAUGCUACUAUAAUUCCAGAUUCUUCCAUUGUUGGUACCUAUUAAAUUUCCUUGUUGCUUAGUUUUUUAAUGCUAUGCAAAUCAUUUUGAGGCAUAUAUAUGUAUAUAUAGUACACUAUGUAUGUCAUUUUACAAGGCCAUUAAUUCUGUUUGAAUAAACGUAGUAGUGUUA